UCAGCAGCACGACGCCUCUCUCCUCGUGUUUACGCUUCGUCGCGGUUUUGGAGGGGUUGAAAUGGCCAACAUCAAGGUGUUCAGCGGCAGCUCCCACCCCGAGCUGUCCCGCAGGAUCGCGGCCGGCCUGGGGACGCAGCUGGGGACGGUGGUGACGACCAAGUUCAACAACGGGGAGACACGUGUGGAGUUUGGUGAGAGCGUCCGAGGAGAAGAUGUCUACAUCGUCCAGAGUGGCUGCGGCGAGAUCAACGACAACUUGAUGGAGCUGCUCGUCAUGGUCGAUGCCUGUAAAAUCGCCUCCGCCUCACGAGUGACGGCCGUCAUCCCGUGUUUCCCAUACGCAAGGCAAGACAAGAAGGACAAGUUGGGGAGUCGCGCCUCCAUCACGGCAAAGCUUGUGGCCAACAUGCUGUCCGUCUCCGGAGCCGAUCACAUCAUCACCAUGGACCUUCAUGCUUCUCAGAUACAAGGUUUUUUUGAUAUUCCUGUGGACAAUCUCUAUGCAGAGCCGGUCAUUCUGAAAUGGAUAAAAGAGAACAUCAGUGACUGGAAGAAUUGCACCGUCGUGUCUCCUGAUGCUGGAGGAGCAAAGAGAGUCACCUCCAUAGCGGACAAGCUGAAUGUGGACUUUGCUCUCAUCCACAAAGAGAGGAAGAAGGCCGACAAAGCGGACCGCAUGCUUCUGGUCGGUGAUGUAAAAGACAGAGUGGCCAUCCUCGUCGACGACAUGGCGGAUACUUGUGGCACAAUCUGCCACGCAGCAGAACAGCUUAUAUCUGCUGGUGCUGCAAAAAUAUACGCCAUCAUCACCCAUGGGAUUUUCUCCGGUUCUGCUAUUUCCUGCAUUGACAGUUCCCGUUUUGAAGCCGUGGCUGUGACAAACACCAUCCCUCAGGACGACAACAUUAAACAGUGUUCAAAAAUACAGAUUAUCGACGUUGCCAUAGUCUUAGCGGAAGCCAUUCGCCGAACACACAACGGAGAGUCUGUGUCCUAUCUCUUCAACAACGUGCCUUUAUAACACCUGUGGGAGCCGACUCUCAGCCCAACACAGCUCAACUCAGGUCACAUGUAUCAAAGGAGGAAAUGAAUGGAAGUUAGCACAAUGCCAUCCGCCACGUAUACUUCCUCCUGACUGCAGGAACUCCAGGCCCAUAUUAUGGUAAAGUGCACUGUGCCACUAAUGAAGCCAAGCCUGUAGAGCAGGUUCAGACAUUCAUCGUCAGUGGUGAUGGAGCUCUGCAUCAGCUGAGCUUGCAUGUUGCCGUUGCCAAAUUUGGCAUUUGAUUCUAUGCUGUCAGACUUGUUUUGAUCUCCGCUGCUGCUCGCCUUGCUGCUGCUGCUUCUGCUUCUGCAUCUCUCACCUCGCCAAAACGACAGCAUCCACCUGUUAGUUCUGCUUCUUUAUGCAUAUGAAUGGUGCUGUACAAAUAAACCUGCCUUGCCUUCAUGGUUCCCCAUCGGGGGUUUUCAAGUUAUCUCUCCCUGCUCUGGCAUGUGGAUUUUCACCCUUGAUAAAAUGUACAUUAUUCAGCUUGA